AUGGGAGCACGAAGCAGUCGGAUGCCAUGGCACUCGGAGGAGCGUGCCCCAGAGGAGCCAGAUCGUUCAGGGUCCGUUUAUGAGGCACUCUUCCUGAGAGGUGAAGAGAGUGACGUGCGGAUCCGCGCACUGGGGGAGGAGUGGAACUUGCAUAGGGUCCACUUGUGCCAGUCAGGGUACUUUGCUAGCAUGUUCAGUGGUGCUUGGCGGGAGACAACCAUGGAUACUAUAGAGUUGCAGAUGCCUGACGAGAACAUUGAUCGUGAGGCACUGCACGAGGCUUUAGGUUCCCUGUACCGAGACUCCAUGCACAUCCCAGCCGGUCGAGUAGUGGCCAUCCUGGCCACAGCCAGCAUGCUGCAGCUGGACGAACUGAUUCAGCAGUGCGGGGAGGUCAUGAAGGAGACUGUCAGUGCCCAGACCGUGUGCAGCUACUACUACUCUGCUGAAAGCUACGGACUCGAGAACAUCAGGAGCAUGUGUCUUCAGUGGCUGCUGGACAACAUGAUGACCCAGCGUAGUGAGGAGCUAUUGCGAGAAAUCAGCCUGGAUCUCAUGAAAGAGCUCAUUGCCUCUUCAGAUCUCUUGGUGAUGGAGGUGGAGAUGGACGUGUACACCAUGCUGAAAAAGUGGAUGUUCUUGCAGCUGCAGCCGACAUGGAGGGGCCCGCGCACUGCCCUAUUGCCUGACACCGACUCGUGGUUUGCCAGGUCCAGGAGGGAGUCGGGGGGCACCCCUAUCCUGGAGACCGAGCAGGGCAGAGCCUUCGUGCCAGUGUUCCAGCAGCUGCGGCUUGCCUACAUAAUCUGGGACCUGAUGUCAGCACGCGUCAUCCAACAGGAUGCGCUUAUCCCCGCCACUUGGCUGACUCCAGUGUACAAAGAGAAUUGGCUUGCCCCCCUCUGGACUGAGCAGACUAGAAAUCUCUGGCGCAUGGACGUCUACGUGUCCGACACCCAGGGCAACAGCAUGCGGUGUGGGGGAGUAGUGGCCAUCCUGGCCACAGCCAGCAUGCUGCAGCUGGACGAACUGAUUCAGCAGUGCGGGGAGGUCAUGAAGGAGACUGUCAGUGCCCAGACCGUGGCCUCGGGGUCAGCUUACUCUGGCAGAGAAGGUUCCCGUUCCGCCUGCGCCUGUCUUCCUUGGACAGGGCUGGGAGAGCCGUUUUCAGGAAGGACACAGGAUACCGGAUGCUUUCCCUGA